UGAUCAGUUAAAACCUUCAGCCAGCUUUUCCUCGUUUCCUUUCUUCUUUCUCUCACUUCCCAUUCCACCACACCAAUUCCAAAUCGGGUUCAUUUUCUAAAACUCUUCCUUACUUUAACCUAAACCAAGCUGAAUUAACCAAUUUGGACACCAUUUUGACUCUUUAAAACCUCAUUUCUGUUCAAUCUAGUUGAAUUAUGCCCUUGCGUUUCUUAUAAACACUUUCUUUCUGGGAACUCCACAUGUUUGUCGGAGAGCGACCGAUACAUAGAUAGAUAGAGAUAGAGAGAGAAAUGAGAGAAAACAGCGUGGUGCAACACCAACAGGGGUUUCAGAGGAAUUCCGCCACCGCAUCUGGGCGGCUUCGUCAUUUCAUGGACACGAUCUGGCGGCCUUUUAUAGCUUCCAAGUCGAAAUCCUACACCCUCGUCUUCCUCCUCGUCAUCCUCCUCCUCUGCGUCUUUAUCUCAACACGCCGUCUCCUCGAUCCGACUGCAGUAUUUGACGGCGGACUAUCAGACCAGAAGCAAGCGCUUAACACCAGAACUAGACGAGCGCGCUCUCCUGGAAUUCCUAGAAUUCAGAUACCAUUAAACUGCACUACACUUUACCACAAACGAGCCUGUCCCAGAAACUAUCCGAAGACCUUCGAGGUGGAAGAUGAUCCCGACCGUUCAUCUCCUCCCACGUGUCCCGAGUACUUCCGCUGGAUCCACGAGGACCUACGGCCGUGGGCCCGCAAGGGGAUCACGCGAGAAAUGGUGGAAAGAGCUCAAGCGACGGCGAAUUUCAGGCUGGCGAUAAUCAACGGCAGGGUUUACAUGGAGCGGUUUCACAGAGCGUUUCAGACCAGGGAUGUUUUUACGCUGUGGGGAGUCCUGCAGUUGUUGCGUCGGUAUCCAGGGAAAUUGCCUGAUUUGGAGUUGAUGUUUGAUUGCGUUGACUGGCCAGUGAUCAAAGCAGUUGAUUAUAGUGGGCCUAACGCGACGGACCCCCCUCCUUUGUUCCGGUACUGUGGAAAUGAUGAAACGCUCGACAUCGUUUUCCCCGAUUGGUCCUUCUGGGGCUGUCUGAUAACACUGUAUGCUGCUGAUGAGAAUAUGAUCGAGUUCUUCAGUAACUUCAACAUUCCGGCUUAUGUUUUGCGUAUACUUCUUUUGCAGGAUUGGCUGAAAGAAUCAAGAGAAGGAUACAAGGAAUCAGACUUGACAAGCCAAUGCACCUAUAGGUACAAAAUCUAUAUUGAAGGCUCAGCUUGGUCUGUUAGUGAGAAAUACAUUCUUGCCUGUGACUCUGUCACGUUUCUUGUCAAGCUUCAUUACUAUGAUUUCUUCACAAGAGGCUUGAUUCCCCUCCGGCAUUACUGGCCUGUAAAGGAGGAUGGCAAGUGCAGAUCUUUAAAGUUCGCCGUUGAUUGGGGCAACAGCCACAAGCAAAAGGCACAGGAGAUCGGAAAAGGUGCAAGUAGGUUCAUUCAAGAGGAGCUAAAGAUGGAUUACGUGUAUGAUUACAUGUUUCAUCUCUUUAACGAGUAUGCUAAGCUGUUGAGAUUUAAGCCUGCAAUUCCACAGAACGCAGUCGAACUCUGUGUAGAAACAAUGGCAUGCCCAAGAAAUGGGACUGAGAAGAAAUUUAUGGAAGAAUCUCUGGUGAAAGGUCCAGCGGAGACAGAGCCAUGCACAAUUCCUCCUCCCUAUGAUCCUCCCUCUCUCCUUUACCUUCUAAAAUCAAAAGAAAAGUUGAUAUCCCAAGUGGAUUUUUGGGAGAAGAAACAUUGGCAGAAGAAUCAAACUCAGUAGACAUAGAUUAUCGACAAUUUUAAUAUAUAAAGAUAAAAAGAGAAAACAAUUUUGAUAGCAUUUUAUGUAUAGUAAGCUCAUAGAUAUGAAAAUACUUGAUUAUUCCAGUUAAUUGCUAUGUAUUCUUGUGUUCUGUGGUUAUAUCAGAAAAAAAACUAUUAGUUGGGAUUGA